CUCACAAAAAAGGAAAUGAAUUGACAAUCAAAUAUUAUUUCAAACAUAAACGUCAUUGUUAUAUAUUUAAAACAACUGAUUUUGAAAAUGUUUUUAAUGAAGCGAGUUGUUUUUAGAAAUCUACCUUACAUCGGCGCUGUGGUGACUAGGCACGUUCGGGGGCAACAACAAAAGUCCGAGUGCUUGCCUGCAUGGCCACCUUGCCCACCGCCGUUAGAACCACCACCGUUUUCAUGUUGCCCACCACCGCCCACACUCUAUCCUCCCUUCUACUGCUGCCCAAGAACCAAAUACGACGUCAAUUUCAUAUACAUCAACGAUAUUCCUCCAAAAACAGGAUUUCGCGACUUCGUCGAUCGGAUAGCACAAACUCUAUUCUGGACGGAGCUAAUUCGAGGUUUCGCUGUGACGUUGGGUCAUGUAUUUGGUGAACCAGCUACAAUAAACUAUCCUUUCGAGAAGGGUCCGCUGUCUCCUCGGUUCAGGGGAGAGCACGCUCUGCGGAGGUAUCCGUCGGGCGAGGAGCGUUGUAUUGCCUGCAAGUUAUGUGAAGCAAUGUGUCCGGCACAGGCGAUCACUAUCGAGUCUGAGCAGCGCGCGGACGGCUCUCGGCGCGCCGUGCGAUACGACAUCGACCUCAGUAAGUGCAUCUUCUGCGGCUACUGCCAAGAAGCGUGUCCCGUCGACGCCAUAGUCGAAGGUCCCAACUUUGAAUACAGCGCCGCCACGCGCGAAGAGCUGUUUUAUAAUAAAGAAAGGUUAUUGACAAACGGCGACCGCUGGGAGCCCGAGGUUGCGAGCAAUAUCAGGGACAAUCAUUUAUAUCGUUAGUUUUUAUUUCGGUUAAAUUAUUGUGAUUCGAUAUCGUGUGCUACAUAAUUUUAGUUAUGUCGUGAAUGAAUAUAUAAAUGCAUGAAACUAUA